AUGGAGAUCGUUUGGGGUGUGCCUUGUGAACCGCGCGACGCUGAGAAUGUGGUUGCUAAGUACCUGCCCAACGCGUGCUUCCCCUUCUCUUCCAUGGUCGUGGCCGCGCGACCUCAACCCUCGACCGAUUAUGCUACUUUUCUGGCUGUGCCCGAAUGGACCAGCUAUGUUGGCAUGACGGGGGUGGUCCUUGACCUGAGGUCAGCUGUGCUGGGCCAGAAUGGACCUGUGAUUGGCGCCUUUCUGUCAAGACCGACUAAUGCUGCCGAGAUACGCCGCGAGGCAGGCUUGUACUCGAUGGGACGGUGUGACAUCCUUGUGGGGACCAGCCCUGAGCCUUUGAGAGACGAUGAGCAGGUCUUUCUUGACAAUGGUUCAUUGGUCCGCUUGGUUCGCGAGGAGUUCCCACACGAGACCCUGCUUUCGUUACGGGCCAUGCUGAUGUCAGAAGACUUUGCACUGUUCAGAGGCCCAUACCCACGCAUUCCUGACCCGAAGGUCCUGAUGCUUUUGCAUCACUCUGGCAGAUCCUUUUUCAGUGGCCAGCGGAGUGCUGGGGUUCCUAUCCACACGGCCAUCGUGAAUUUCGUUGGGGUAUUUCCGGGUUCUGUCAGUUUCCACUCUCCCAGUGAUGGGUCUGUGGAGCGGGUCUGCCAUAGAGGUCAUAUGGUUCGGGGUACCGUGGUCCUGGCGGACCAUCAAGACGACGGCACCGCCCCCUGCGUGAUCUUCUUAGAUCUGCGACCGGUCGGGGCCGCCCCGGGUUUUGUCUGUCUCCAGCACCCUUGGCUCAGCUAUGAAGACCUGGAGCAGCUGUUGCCUCGUCCGGCUCCGGCCGGCUGGCGGCUCACUGUUGUUGGAGGCCAUCGUAAGGCAAGACACUUGGAGGUCCAGCACCGUAUGACCCUGCUGCUUGGUUUGGUCAGCGUGCUGGACCCGUCUGACGAUUGCGAAUCCGUGCCCGGCUCUGCACCCUCAGGUGACUCCGACCACGACGAGGACGGCGAAGAGGAGGAUCCUACGGAUGACCACUCGCAAAGCAGCACCAGAUCUCGAAGUCGCGUGCGUGGUGCUCCUGCAGGUACACGCCAUUCUCCGUCUUCAGAUCCUUCCUUCCACGGCUCCUUCCCGGAUGUCACGAAGACCUGCACUAUGAGCUGGGGAGCCGACCCUGCUCAUGAUGGGCAGUGUGAAGUGCAGUUUUCCUAUCUGGGUUCGGCAGCCUCGCAUGCAGCAAGCACCAUUUGUGCUGCGAAAAGCUUCUGCGGGGCCCCAUGGAUGCCACAAGCUUCUGUUGGUCCGGAAACAUUGUACGGCCAUUUCGGCAAAGGAGCUCCCUGGUUGUCCCCGGUUGACCUUAGGACUGCUGUUCUUUUCGGUUCGACCCCCCUUGUCUCCCAGGGUGAAGGGCUAGUCGGUUUCGGCGGUAUGCAAUAUCCUUGGAUCGCCUCCUCUUGUGGUGUGCUAAUUGAAGCAGCCAACUUUGGACCGGUCAGUUGCCGCCUUCCGGACCUGCCGCCUCCUGCCGAGACGCCAUAUGCGUCUGCUAGCGGUUCACUGGAACUUGAGGGCACUCACUUCCUUGGUGAACGCAACCCGCCUCAGCAUCACCUGCCUGUCUACGAGCAACCCGCGACUGCCCUUGUCUUUGUUCCUGAGUACCCGCCAGAGAUCGUUACAACCGCCCUUGAAACUGAUCUGAACCCUUCGGAUGCGGUUGGCCGUUUUCAGGCGGCGCGUGAUGAGGCCCGAGUGAACCGUUUUGAUCGACUCCUUGCUGUCCGGCCGCAGCCUACUGGGCAGUAUGCUUCGCUUGUUGCAUUUGCAGACUGGCACGAUGGGGUCUUUGUUCUCUUCGAUUGUACUCGGUACAAUGGCACCGCCUACGCCACCUUGGUCUCUCCUUCUAUGACCAAAGGAGCGCUGCUCAGUGUGGCGGGCAUUCGUCCGGAGCAAAGUGUUGAUGUCUUCGUUGCAGACUACCCCAUGCCUCUGCAGGACAUGGAUGUCAUAACGAUGGAGUUGGGUUACUCGGUUCAGUUUGUUGCUGCAGGAUGGACGAUUGAUGUCACUCCGCCCUUGCUUGAAGAGCGCUGGCUCUACUUGGUCGGAGAUGAUGAGCCCAGCUUCUUCCACCUGGUUCCCACACGGCGCUCGCUUCUGCGUCGUGACAUCGCGGCCUGCCUUGGGUACGAUGUAGACGCACUACAGACCUUGCCCACAGUGCCACGCAUGAGUGACUUCUGUGACUUUGGUGCCGUGGCUCAGCAUGUCUUGGUUUUGGUUGAUCGGUUCACGCAGGCCUGCCCCAUGAGCCACUACGUCUCCAUCAGCGGAGCCAGACCGCGCCAUGAGGAUGAUGGCCUGUACUUUGAUUUCGACCAGUGCCAAGUCCUGACGGUGGAUUACCGUGUUCAGCCUGACAGUAGUGAUACCCAAGGGGACACCUCUGAUGGCAGUGUGGAUGGCGAGUCCGAUGCAGAUGAUCUCAAUGGACCGGACGGCGAGCCACCCUUCCCCCUCGAGCCAGACGAAAGGGAGGAACCAGCCAUUCCGGCCGAGCGUAGCCGCAGCCCGCCACGGAGCCCCAGGGCCGAUGCAAGACUUUUCAAUGCUGGCCAAGAGGCUGCCGGGCGAAUUCUGGCAGACUGCUGUGGUGUUUCAGCCAGUCGAGUUGCAAUGUGGAGGAAAGUGUUUGUUGAUGCCGCCCUUGCUACGGGUGCAUUCUUCUGCACGGCCGCUGGUCUGCACGCCCUACGGAGGCUAGCAACGCACCGACCAGGCGUGCGUCUAGGCUUUGCUGCCUCCUCUCGUCCCAACCAGUUCUGGGUGUGCAGCUCAGAGACGGGGUGUCGUCACCUUGGGCUGGCUCAUCCUUCUCCGCGGGACUCCCUCUUCACCCUGACGCCAGGGAUGCUGCGAGCAUUGCUGAGCCCGCUCCUGUCGAUGGGAAGUGCCAAGGCCACGCCCGGUCCCUACACCAUGUCGCGAUGUGAGUGUUACGCCAUUGCUGAUGACAGUGAAUCAGAGGCAGAGGAGGAGGUUGCACCCACAGUUGAUGCCCCGGGGUCGGCUGUUACCAUCGCCCAUGUGACGGAUUCUGAGCUAACUGAUGAGACUGAAUGGGAAGUCUUUGGACAGUUGCCAGCCCACACUCAACAGCUGCCCCUUGAAUCGCGUGCCCUUCUCUGGGCAGCAGCUGCCAGAGCUGACUGCUGUGCCUUCGCGAUUGCAAAUGCUAUGCUGGAAGUUCUCUGUGAGGCCUUUCCGCUUGCUUCUGUGCCACAGGAGCCUGUGCAUGCUCCCCCAGUGGGACGCUUGACUUCUGCCAUAAGCCCGGGCCACAUCCUCACGCUGGCCGACAAGCUGUGCCCUCCCCUUGUGCCUGAUCUUCCCUUUCAACUGCAUCCCUGGGCCGCCCGGCUUGAGACGGCCGGUGGCAGCCUUGACAGGACCAUCCAAGUUGGCACUGUCCCUGUUCCUUUUACUUGGCAACAGUUUGUCCAGCUUUUCGGAGACGGUCCAGAUCUUGUUGAUUUUGCGCAGGCAAGUGCCUUCUGCCCUGUCCUGCGCCAAUGGAGCCGCCCGGGUCUUGCGGAUGCAUUGACUUCUGCAUGUCAGGGGUUUCCAGCUGAUGACACUGUCUGUUUCACGGAUGGAUCCUACACUGCCGUUGAGGAAGGACAAGACCUUUGUGGAUGGGCCUGCCUGUUCUUUCACCCUAGGUCGCAAUGCAUGCGAUUCUUGUACGGGUCCUUUCCCACCUUCCUCGCGGAAAAGGGGUUUUGCCCAUCCCCGUUCCAAGGGGAGGUUGCCGGCCUGCUAGCGGCUGCUCUAGCUACCACUGCCACCGCCCACGAGGGCGUCCAUUUCCUGUCUGACUGCACUUCGGCUCUUGGCAUAGCGGAAGGUGCCUGUUCAUUUGCCCAGGGAAGCGUUGCCCAGGCCAUGCGCUACGCGCACUGGCUGCGUUCCUGCUGCGCCCAUGGGCGCGAUUCCUACGAACACAUUCGCGGACAUCAGGGGCAUGCAGGCAACGAGGUUGCUGAUGUUCUGGCCAAAGCUGCGGCCCGCAAGGCUGGACCUUCGUGUGGGCUCCGGGCACACACACCUCUUCUGUGUGCUUGGCUUGGAGAUGGGGCUCCCUAUCUUCCAUGGGCAGGAUUGGUCGUGUUGCAGGGGAUCUUUCCCUUCCCCCGUGCAGUACCACCGACCUGGGGGACGACAAGCAUCAUCAUGGCCUUACCUGUGAGGCUCUUCUUGCGCCGUUCCUUCCGCAGGGCGCUCUUCCACAAGGGGGGCUUCCCGCGACAGUUCUGA